CCUACUCUGCACGCACACUAAUUGAUAGCAAAUUAUUUCUAUAUAAAGUGAUAGUUUAUUUAGAGUGAUUCCCUAGUACAUCUUAACCUAUGAGAUGACGAAGAAGAGACCUAUGUUUGAGAAGAGUUAAAACGCUAUCAUGUCGUUGCAUAUCAACGUAAUUGCUGUAAUUCUUGUCAGUGCAGCAUUAUGUUGCCUGGCUGGAGACAUCAUCAUAGAUUCCAAGGACGAUGAAUGCAGAUCAAUAACUUCAUGUUCCUCAUGUCUCACCAAGAACGUGUGCACAUGGUGUGUAUCCAAAAGCCUGUGCACCAAACAGCUUUGUGGAAACGACAACGUGAUUUAUCCCCAACAGGUUCCGGCCCUUAUGUCCGGACCAGAUUUCUGCCCUAGAAUAGCAUCGAAUGAAUAUAUGACAUACGAAAGUGGUAAGAGGGAAAUUUUAACAGUGAAAUUAGCUGAAAUAUACCUGUUUAUGGCAUUCACACCAUGGAAGUGCAAAAUACAGUUGAACAAUAAAGAUGUUAUUGUACCUGCAAUUUUAGUAGGGGAAUCCAUUUUCUGCGAAUCGUUCGAAAUGAAAAAUGACUCCGAGGAACCGUACACCGAAGGAACUGUGAAGGUGUUGUGGAAUUACAAUAAGGCUUUCGAUGGAUCGCUCUCUUUCAAAGUUUGCCGAUGUGACUUGGAGCCGAAUUGUAUCGCUUGCAACAAAAAGGUGAAAAAAUAAUGGAUCAGGAGCACGUAAAGAAAUAAAUCUGCGUACCUAUUGUGAAUACGGUUAAGUUUGGGAAACUACAAAGGAAUGUAAUCUGUUUGAAUCAAUCUUCUCCCGUACUUCGCUCGCGUUAAUUUCGUGAAGAGAAAAUAAAGGGCAACCGCAACUUUCUAUAGAGUAGGCAACGAAACAAAUUUGAGUGUACAGAGACGAUUUUUUUUUUUAAUUUUGUUUUGGGUUCCAAUGACAUUAAUUUUUAUAGUUUAAAAAAAAGCGACUAAUUUUGACGUUUGAAGCAAUAUUUAUCCUGUGCUGGUUGAAUUAUCACUGUUCAAUCUUCGUAUGUCAACUGUCAUCACGUGUCCAAAUCUCGUCAUCGUGAACAAAUGACAAUUGACAAACUGCAAUCAGGCAUUUGUCAAAAUAUCGCACCGCAGACAUAGUACGUUUCGUUAAACCCCAUCAUUAAUAAAAGCCGUUUGGAUAUAAUAUUCCAACAUUUUAAAAUACUUUUUAUGGCAUUCCAUUAAAUAGAAUGCCAUUCAAUUAAUUGUGUAACAAAGAAAAUAUUGGUUUGGAUCGAAUUUUGCGGUUGUCCUUUGAUAUUACAUAUUUUGACAUUUGUAGUGUAGUUGCUUUUAUAGUUAGCCGGUUAGCUGGUAAACUGCCUCUUAAGCCAACAGGCUUGGUGAUACUUUGGGACCGCGUACAUCCCGUGAAAGUAUAGUGUUCUUGAAUAAAUGCGAAAGUAUAGUGUUCGAGUAUAAAAUUGCAAA